AACAAUUUUGGCAACACAGUUCACGUUGACUGUCAGCUGUCAUGUUAUUUGUGAUGGCCGCAAUAUUGUGAUUUUUAUGAUACCUAUGUUAUGUGUUUUCUUGGCAUUUCUAUAUUACUUUAUACUGAAAAUUGGACGUCAUCAUUACUUCACUAUAUUCUGGAUACGUUGCAUUACAGAUCAUAAAUCACGUUUAAAUUAGAACCAUAUAAAUAUGUGGCGCGCAUAACGGAUGCUUCGUUUCCUACAUUCUUGUGCCAUAAAUGUAACGUAAUGUUCGUUCAGUGAAUCGUGAUGUUAUUGCGGUUCGGAGUCCGGUGAAAUCGAAGAUGCCUUUCAAGCUCAAGUUGAAGAAGACGCGGCAGUACAAUGUAGCAUCGAAGAGUCUGUUUGUCAUAAGUGUCGAGUUGUUAGACGGCGGUGUAGCGGACUGCACUCUGUCGGUGGAGAGCACCGGCCAAGAGUGUCUCGACAACGUGUGCCAGCGCCAGGCGAUCAACCAGCCGGAGUUCUUCGGAUUGAGAUAUAUAAACAGGAACCAACAGCCGCGAUGGGUUCAACUCGACCGCCCACUAAAGCUCCAAUUAGAAAAAUAUGCAUCUUCACAUCAAUUGUAUUUAAGGGUGAUGUAUUACGUGAUAUCUGGAACUAGUCUGAUCACGGAUGAAGUGACGCGGUACCAUUAUUUCCUGCAACUGAAGAAUGAUCUAGUGGAAGGUAGAAUUAUAUGUGAUUGCCAGCAAGCCGUGGUGCUGGCAUCGUAUAGUCGUCAAGCAGAGUACGGUAACCACGAUCGAGAGCGACACACCGUGGAGUAUCUAAAGAAUUUGCUGACAUUCCCCAAACAGAUGUUAGACGGAGGUCAAGUACUAGACAGCAGCAGUCUAGCAGAGACGGGUCGCCUGGAGUGGCUGACGGCGGCUGUCAUACAACAUCACAUGUCCCUGAACAACAUGCCACAGGCUCAGGCCGAGGAGGGUUUCAUCACGACAUGCCAGCAGCUCCGCGGCUACGGCCAGGAGAUGUUCACCGCCAAGGACAAGAAGGACCAGGCGGAGGUGACCCUCGCCGUGUCGCUGACGGGCAUCCGGGUACUCACCGACACCAGCGACACUCCACAUUUCUACCGGUGGAUGGACAUAACGAACGUGAUAAACCACAAGAGGACGUUCAGCGUGGAGUGCCAGCAGCGGGAGUCGGCCUCCUUCGUGCUGCCGUCGCCCGAGGACGGCAAGUACGUGUGGCGGAUGUGCGUCAUGCAGCACACCUUCUACAUGCGGCACCAGCACUCCCUCUCCGCCGCCGCCGCCACCGCCACCGCCACUGCCGCUGCCGUCGCGGACCAGCACAGACCCAAGUUCCAGGAACACGGUCUGUCUGAGAGUCGCGAGGAGCUCGAGUCCCGCGACCUGCGCGAGCCUCACCCCGCCGCGCUCAGCACGGCUCGCGCCAGGUCCGCCUCGUGUCUGGAACUGGCUGAACAUCGACCACAUCUAGCCACCAGAGCCCUUCUUCCAUCAUACCGUCCAGCCCCGGACUACGAGACGGCGAUCCAGCAGAAGUACCAGCAGCAGCGCGCUGAAGCCCAACUCCGCUAUCAGAACCACUCUCAUUCCCAACUCCUGGGGGCCAGCACUCAACCCCUCCUGUACGGCUCCCACCCCGAUAUACCUCGCGUUCACUACCCGGACGUGACGCGGCACACCGUGUCCGUGAAGCAGCCCGUCACCGCCGACGAUUACUCCUACGGGCUCAAGUUCGUGGGGAACUACCCUGUAGCCGUCAACCCCAACGUGCAGACCGAGCACGCCCUCCACUACGUGAACGUGUACAAGCCGCCGCCCCCCUAUCCGUCCAACGGUCUGGCCUCCAACUCGACCCCGGACCUGGCAGUAGCGAGUCAAGCUCUUAACUACCAUCGGAGCUACAUCGACGCGCACGUGUCCGGCUCCAGCCCCGACCUCGUCUCCACUAGGACCGCCCUCAACAGGCAGUACCUCGGUUAUGUGAGUCCGCACAACGUCGUCAACUACGGCCGAGCGAACGUCCUGCCGGCGACUCACGGCACCUACAACAACCUCACGUCGGUGAUGGAACCGAACCGCAUCAUCGUCGACCCCCACCUCGUAUCGGACAAUAUACAGAAAGUCUACGACGACAGAGGGAACGUCAUGUACUCCAUGCCCACGAGAAGGAUAGUGGUGGUGCCGACCGUGCGGCACGAGGAGCCCCAGGAACCGAUAUACGAGAACGUGCCUUUGCCGUGGACCUCGGACGGCGGCGCGAGAGGGAGGGCGCACAGUCUCACCGCCGCGGGCGAGGUGACCGGCUUCAACGACAGGAACGGGAAUUGCGCCCUCGCCACCGCGCAGAGCCUCGCCUCCAAGAUAGACGACUCGCACUAUGUCAACGCCCAGGUCAUCAAGGGUGCGAGGGAGACGAGCGACACGUCAGAACAGAACCACGACACGGGUGACGUCACCGCCGACCUGGACAGGAUGUCGCUGAGGAACGAAGACAAAGACUACGAUGAGACACCCUACACCAGUCUGUCCACGCAGAGAGUGACCAACAACAAUACCAUCAGCAAGUCGGCCGACAACGUCACGUCCAUAAUGGUGACGGGAGAAGACCACGAGCAUGACGGGGCGGCCGGGGCUCCGGGAAAGGACGCGCGGGACUCCUCCUACAGCAGCAGCGUGGAGAUGGAUUGCAACAACGCCAGCAAGGAGAAGAAGAGGAGGAGGUGGGGGGUGUUCAUGGGCAGGAGUAAGAACGUCGAGGUGAAGAGUGCCACUCUCGGGAGGGAUAGGGCGAAGGCGGGACAGACGACCAACAAGCAUCGCUGGUCCACUGGACUGCCCAAAUAUCAGCCGCUACCACCCAGCAUUACCAAAGAGACUCUGUGUCAACUGUUGGAGCGCAAGAUGUCGGAGGAGCAGCUGUCGUUCUCGUUCGAAUCCAUCCCCCGGGGCCGCGGCGGGGACGGGGACUCCGGCCGGCCUUACGACGACAACCGCGUCAGACUGCACCCCACGGCCGCCAACCCGCAAGGGUACAUCGACGCAUCGCACAUCACAAUGACGGUGGGAGGUUCCCAGCGGUUCUACGUGGUGGUCCAGGCGAACAGCGGCGAGCAGGCGGCCCUGCUCUGGGAGUGCGUGUGGCAGGUCGGCGCCAGGGUGCUGGCACUCGCGGAUGGCCAGCAGCCGCGCUACCUGCCGCAGGACCAGCGGACCAUCACCUACGGACAGUUCGAGGUGUGGUGCGGCGCGUGGUCGUGCACGUCGUGGGGCGGGUCGCGCCGGGUCACGGUGCGGAGAGGCGCCGGCCCGCCCAGGACGCUCUGGCACGUCCGCUGUGGCUGGCCCGCAGACACCACCGGCUUCCUGGACUUCAUAUCGGAGAUCAACAGUCUCCGUGAGACGUGCGAAGCGGAGGCGGCGGCCGAGCGCUCCCUGACCCUGAACGCGCCGCUCGUGCUGGGAGGGCGCGCCGCCGGCGUCACGCUGGCCGCGGACCUGCUGCUGCACGUCAUCGACACCAACCAGGAGCUGGACAUCCCUCGCACCGUAUCGUUGCUGCACCAGCAGCGCGCCGGCCUGCUGCCGAGCCUGCAGCACUACCGCUUCCUGCACCUGGUGCUGCUCCACUACCUCAAGCAGUCCCGCCUCAUAUGACACGCGCCACGUGCUCGACAACGACGACUCCUGUUUAUAGUCAUUCUGUUAAAACGUUAUAAAUUGGCGGAGUCGAUAAUCGAAGUUACUAUUCCCUCGAAAAUAUUAGGACGAGCUGAAGCUCGCUCGAGUGAAGCUUCCAUGGGGUCAUUGACCCGUCGCGAUGUUUGUAUAUUCUGUAUUUAUAUAUCGUUGUUGUACAUUUAACUGUUAAGUGUUCCACACCGCAACAAGUAUCGAGACUGAGAGUCCGAGCCCUAGGUCAUAGGUGGUAGGUUAAGCGACACUGUGCCUUACGUCGGAGAUUAUUCGAUCUGAAUCUGUGUGCCUUAUCUUAGACUUUUUUUAUUUUUGUACUUGUGAGAGCCGAGUGGAGUGCGCCUUCCAGUAUUCGGGCGUGCGGAACAGUUUUCUAUGUCUCUAUAGACCUCGUUCCGUGGGUGCGGCGAUGUGUUCAUACUCUUAAUGUACUCUGAUCUAGUCCAACGACAGCUUCGUACCGUAAGCGGAGAUGUGUUCGAGUGGUGGGUGGUACGGCGACCCGUCCCAGGGCCGUACUCGUUAAGUAUUAUAUCCAUCGAUAAAAAUUACAAAAAAAUUCUAAUCAGUACAGUAUUCAAUACAAUUACCAUACAAUGUAUAUAUUAUUGAAAUGAAAAGUAAUAAUUUACGAAUGCAAUGAAUCCUGAACGUGGAAUCGAACCUUAACCUAGUUCACUACAUUCGGCGGCAGCAGGAUCAGCGCCCGGUGUGGCGUCUGUUGUCUGCGCAGCUGCUUCGUGUCCCUUGUCCAUGUGUAUUAUUAUUGUAAUAACGAUGUGUUCUUGUGAAGCAAAUUAAUAAAAUUAUCAAAGUUAA